AGCAGACGACUGUCACAAAGUCCUAAUGGAAACUUGUGUCGAACAAAAUGAUGAGGCCGGGGAGACGAUUCAGGUAGACGACUGCCGCUUAAUAGCGGUGCAGGUGUAUUUUCCUUUUGGCGAAGUACACGCACAGUGGUCGUACUCGCUGGAGAUCUGUUCCACCUACCUGGCUGCCUGCAGCAAACCGGGGAUUGGCUGUUAUCCCUUGCACUUGUCCUGGGCUGUACCACGACGGGGUAGCGAUCCCUCGAUUCGACCAAAUGGGAAGCUGUUACGGGCACGAGCAUCACAGCCACUUGGAGGCGGUUUCACUCAACAGGAUAUCCCGUUCAUGGCGACAAAUGCAGCUCUACACGUUUCCCGGAGGCAGUCGAAGCACAAAAUAGCUCCCUGAUAGCACACACCGGGUUCGGCUACCGGGGAAAGUCUCUUCGACCCGGACCUGCAACGACUGGACUGGACACUCGAGCUUUUUCGCUUGCGAUCGCACUCCCGUUCUUUCGCGGCUGCACAAGUCUUUCUGAAAAGAGAGGCCUCUCUUCCCCGUCGAAAGAUGCGGCUUUUCUGCGUUGCUUCUGUCGACACAGGAGAGGAGGCGUCUUCUAAAGCUCUGCUGCCUCUCCCUUCGACAUCAGGAGCCAACAGUCUUUCCAUUCUUUCGUCUUCUUCAGCAGCUCUUGCACAGCCGAAGGGCCAGGGACAGCAAGAGAGGAAGAGAGAAAUGGAAGAAACUCUGUGAAAAGACAGAAGGAACGGAGGAGCGAGACUUAGUUCCGUGUUGGGUGUCCAUUCCUUUGCAGAAUCCUGGGAGCAAAGAAUCCGCCUGCUUUCUGCUCUGGCUGUCAUUUCCGGCCCCGCUUGGAAAAUACACGCUUGUCUAUUCGUCACCUGAAUCGUCUCUCUCCCCUACCACUCAUCUUCUGUCUCACCUGAAGCUGUGCGUCUGGUAACCGAUAGACCGCUGGCAUGAUCUUCAGCCCUGUCUUCGGUCAAGCCUUUCGACCCCUGUUGGGAAAGGGAACUUUCCUGUUUAUUACCUUACCAAUGGCUUCUUCGCGGCCACCCCAGGAACGCGUUGUUCCUGGCGACAACAGAAAGUGAGAAAGCCGUUUUUUGUUACGCACCUGCCCGUACAACCUCUACACCGUAGACCGUGCACACAGUCUCGUUAUUACGGCAAACAUUUCCCUUAACCAAUAAACUGCUAGCAGUUUGGUCCUGGGAGACACGCCUCGUCGUUAUAUCGGCUCUGAGCUUCUUGUCGUCUUUUCCCC